AGAACUCUUCAGCGCUUUUGAAAUGUCUUAGUUGUUGGCUCACGAAAAUAAAGUUAUAUUUUGAAGAUAUCAAGUAUCCUAGGAGACGAAUUCAUGUAUUUUUAGGCAGUGAAAGUAUCUAGAUACAUUAUUAGUUAGAGUGAAUCAAGAUGGCGAGUGGUGGAAGAGGAGGAAGGGGAGCAGCUUUAUUGAAAGCUUUAAGUCAACAAGCCAGAAAACCUGGACAGAUAGAAGAAGAGAAAACAGCUGGUCAGCCAGUUGUACAACCAGGUACAGCAGCAGGUGUGCCAUUCCGUCCGUUGGGUCGAGGUGCGUUCCUUUUACAAAGUUUAAAAGAAACUUUGCCAACUGUAGGACAGUCGCCCGUUUUACCAUCACCACAGACGUUAUCAGAAACAGCACCAGCAGGUGUACAAGGUGUGCCAUUACCAGAAAGGAGAGGUCGAGGUUUGGCCGACUUUCAAUCAUUGAUCAGAGGGAGAACUCCUGUUCCGUUGGGAAGAAGUACCCAUUUACCGACAUCAUUACAAGGCAGCUUGUCACCACCUAAACCAGGAACUCCAUUAUCAGGUUCACAGGGUUCGUUGGUGGAACGACCAGAAUCUCCAGGAUCUGGCUCCGGUGAUGGAUCCCUUCCUAAAUCACCUCCACCUUCUACAGCCCCUAAAUCUCGUCUUGAUGCUGGUGAACGAACAGCUACCGUCCAUAAAGCAGGAAGUGAUGGAAAAGUAUGCCGUAUGUCUGCUAACUAUAUUCGUGUUAGAUGUAAAAAUGAAGGAGUGUAUCAAUAUCACGUAUCGUACAAUCCCCAAGUCGACAGUAAAUUCGUCCGUAUUCGUAUGGUUUACGAACACAAAGAAGUUUUGGGUGAAACAAAAGCCUUUGACGGAGCCUUACUUUUCUUACCUAAAAAACUACCUCAAGAGACGACAAUUCUCCAUUCCAAGCGAAGAAGUGAUGGUGCUGACAUAAUGCUUACAGUUAAACUGGUUAAAGUCGUUCCACCAGAAUGCUGUACACAAGUUUAUAAUAUAUUACUCAGAAAAGUGAUGAGUAUAUUAGAGUUGUGUCAAGUUGGAAGAUAUUACUAUAAUCCUCACACACCCUCAUCAGUUCCACAACACAAGUUAGAAGUUUGGCCAGGUUAUAUAACAGCUAUCCAAGAACAAGAAGGGGGUUUGAUGUUAUUAUUGGACGCCUCUCAUCGUGUUUUAAGAACGGAAACUGUCCUCGAUGUUAUGCAAGCCAUUGUGAGAAACAACCAGAGAGGCUUCAAAGAUGAAAUAACAAAAUUAGUACUGGGUAACAUAGUCUUGACUAGAUACAACAACAAGACGUAUAAAAUUGAUGAUAUUAUGUGGGAUAUGUCACCUCAGAAGACAUUCCCGACCAGUAGAACGGGACAAGAAAUAACUUUCAUCGACUAUUACAGGACCAAUUACAACUUGAAUAUAGUGGAUAUAGAUCAACCUAUGUUAUUACACAGACCUAAAGUCAAACGUAUGGCAGGGGAAGCUGAACCUAAACAAGAGUUUAUUUGUCUGGUACCUGAAUUGUGUUAUAUGACCGGAUUAUCAGAUGCCAUGAGAACGGAUUACAGAUUAAUGAAGGAUAUUGCAUCCCAUACACGUGUAACACCAGCUCAGAGACAGAUGGCUAUGAAGAAAUUCCUGGAUGCUGUUAGAACUAAUAAGGAUGCCAACGCUCAGUUUGUCAACUGGGGACUGGAACUCGACACAAACACCAUCGAUAUGGAUGGGCGUGUCCUGAAUCCUGAAAACAUUAUCUUUAAACAUGGCCCAGCUCAAGGCGUCCGAGACGCAGACUGGGGUCGAUCUUGUACGGAUAAUAAGGUACUUGUGGCUGUUGAUCUCAAGAACUGGGUUGUCAUGACAACAGAUAGGGACGUAACCAAGGCUGUUGGAUUCAUAGAAUGCAUGUCUCAAGUAUGUCCGAAGAUGGGAAUCCGAAUCCAACCACCACAGAAGUGUAAAUUAAAUGAUGAUAAAACGGAGACGUUUGUACGGACUUUGAGGGAAGUGAUUACACCACAGACUCAGAUGGUUGUAAUUAUUUGCCCUACGAGUAGAGAUGAUCGAUAUUCAGCUAUUAAAAAACUCUGCUGUGUAGAACAACCAGUUCCUUCUCAGGUAAUUAUUGGCAAGACGAUCUCUCAGCCCCAGAAGUUACGCAGUGUAACGGUGAAGAUUGCUCUACAGAUCAACUGUAAACUAGGAGGUGAAUUGUGGGGUGUUGAAAUACCUAUGAAAAGUUUAAUGAUAGUUGGUAUAGAUGUUUACCAUGAUGCCUCUAAGGGAAAGAGAUCCAUCGCAGGGUUUGUGGCCAGUAUGAACAAAUCGUGUACCAGAUAUUACAGCCGCUGUUACUUCCAGGGCCCCCAUCAAGAACUUAUAGAUGGUUUAAAGACUUGUCUUAUUAGUGCCUUACGUAAAUAUCACGAGAUAAAUCAUAGUUUACCUGAUAAAAUUAUUGUGUUUCGAGACGGUGUUGGGGAUGGACAGCUCCGCGCCGUGGCAGAUUACGAAGUUAAACAGCUCUACACAUGCUUCGCUCACUUCAAUAAUUACGAACCUAAGAUGGCUGUAGUUAUUGUACAGAAGAGAAUCAACACGAGAAUAUUUGUAAAUAGAGGUAAUUCAAUGGAUAAUCCUCCACCUGGAUCAGUUAUAGAUCAUGAUAUCACCAGAAGAGAUUGGUAUGAUUUCUUCCUGGUAAGUCAGCAUGUACGACAGGGUACAGUAAGUCCAACACAUUAUAUAGUAGUACAUGAUGUAACAGGAUUAACGGUAGAUAGGAUGCAGAGAUUAACCUAUAAGAUGACUCAUCUUUAUUAUAACUGGCCUGGUACAGUCAGAGUUCCUGCCCCUUGUCAGUAUGCUCACAAGUUGGCCUACCUGGUUGGACAGAGUAUCCAUAAAGAAGUUUCUGAAGCGUUAUCUGAUCGUUUGUUCUUCUUGUAAACACCGAAAGAAACCCGAUAUAAAAUCACGAAAUUCUCGAAGGAGAUGGCAGAAUUACGUAUUACUACGCAGUAUAUAUCUUCCUGGUGCUAAUGAGGUUAUUGACAAAACAAUUAAACAACAUAUUGAGUCAAAUGUUUGAAUUGAUAUCACGUUGGGUGAGUUAAAAUGUGGAGAAACUAGACGUUUUGAUAUCACGAUGGGUGAGUUAAAAUAUGGAGAAACUAGACGUUGAAUACAUAGAAAUAAUAUGUAUUGGGUCAAAUGUUUGAAUUGAUAUCACGAUGGGUGAGUUAAAAUAUGGAGAAACUAGACGUUGAAUACAUAGAAAUAAUAUGUAUGUUAUUCCUAUCCUCCAUUGUUUCUUAGAGAAGAAACAUACCAGACAGAAAGUAUUAAUUAAACAAACCAAGUUGUAGUUCUAAUGUUUUCAUUGUGCUAUGCAGAAGAAAAAGUGUUUUGUCUGAAGUACAUUUUACAAAUUCUUUGUAAACAGCAAAUAUAAAAGAAGAUGUCAGAUUAUGAACGAACGGUUUCUAUUGUUCAGAAGUAUAUUUUAAUUCAUUGUGGACAACAGUUAAAAAGAGUAUGUGCUGUUCAGUUAAAAAAAUUCAUUUGUUUCUUAAAUCAAAAAAUAUGCCAAACCAUAAACAAAGUAUUAACCAUCUUCACUAACCAUGUGUGAAGCGAAUCGUAACCCUUGGCUGAUGAAGAUGAGUAUUAACUGACUAUUUCAAUAAAGGGUUGUGGUCAAAAGUACAUUUAAUUCCAUGUGCUACACAAUAUGAAGAAACUGGGUGCCUUUAAAAUGGCUAAGGUUUGUCAGAAACGUAGUUCAGAUAAAUCAACGUAUACAUUUCACUUUAUGGUGGCAUAUCAAUAACAGUAUUUUUCAUUCUUUUAAAGUCUUGUGAUCAAUAUCAAUACCCGUUCAACACCUGUAUUUUCCAUUGAUAUAAAGUCUCGCAAUCAAUAUCAACACCUGUUCAACACCUGUAUUUUCCAUUGAUUUAAAGUCUCGAGAUGAAUUGAAAGAGGAAAAUUCAUUAAUGGAAAUGAACAUAUUGUCAUCGGCAACAAGAAGUAGAGAGUGUUCUUGAGUGAAAUUUAUGAAAUACGAACAUGACCGUAAAUAAUUUGUGAAGAUUUAUUUCGUUGUUUGAUAUGUUUCACAAGUAAUUAUGUUGCAAUAAUUUUUAUUAUCUUGUUUGUUUGUCUUUUCUCAGAAGAACUUUCUUUCGUGUAAACAUUUAACAGGCCUCCAACAAAUCUUGUUUCCAAACUUUUAACAGGCCGCCAUAUUGAAAUAUUGAACAGGCCUUAAACAAGUCUUUUAGCCAAUCAUAUAAUAGAUCUACUCUUCAACAAUUUACUGCUCUCCGUGAUUCAGCUCCGUAGCACAUAAUUGUUGAAACUUUUGAACAUAAAUUUCCAAACAUAACGGACCUUUCUUUCACACAAUUUAAUUGGUCGUCUUUUCAACAAGUUACAAGUAUUGAUGAUUCGACCUUGUAUCUCAUCGUUGACUAUUUCGAACUGAGAAUAGUUAUCUACACAUUAAAAUACCUUGCUAUGGUUGCUAUAGUAAUAAUAAUAACAAUGAUUUUAUUUAAGAAGUUUUGAAGAUUAGGCAAUGAUAGUCUUUCUAAAAUCCUGCCUAUCAUGGAAAAUAUAAUACAAAAGAGAUAGUUUGAUAAAUUAAAUAACAACCCUCAAUAAUUUAAAAUAGAGGGGAAAAAAAUACAAAAUCAGUUAAAAAGAUUAAAUACAGAUUUAAUGCGAGUUCAUAAACCAGAAAAUUUGAAUACAUAGAUAUAACAUGUAUUAUUAACUAAUAUACAAUAUGUACAUGCUUAUAAUAUGUAGAUACAAUGCUGCGGUAAUUGAAAUGAAAUGGAAGUGGACGUAAAAUACAACUAACUAACAACAACAAGAGAUAUAGAAGAAAUGUUAUUGGGAAAAAAAAAAUCCUUAAACUUAAGAUCAUUAGCAACCUUAUAUUUUAAUCUAUAACUUAUUUCGGUAAUUCAAGUAGUGUAGUUAAUUCAAAAUUGUCAAGAGGUAAAGAUUAUAUAUGCUAUUGACAUUUAAUAAACUUGUUGGACUGUUUACCUGCAAGAUUAAAUUGAGCUGUGAUAAAGGGAAAUAAUUCAUUCCAAAGCCAAUUGAACUCUCCAAAGUCGUCAAUAAAUCAAGAUUUACCUUUUGACUUCUGCUCGUUGAGUUGGAAACACCGAUGACCCCAAAUCUGAUGAGAGAAAAUUGCCCAAAUAAUUUAAAUUGAACUCUCCGUAGUUGUCAGUAAAUCAAGAGUUCUCUUUUGACAUCUGCUCGUUGAGUACAGAUCAUCCCAAAUCUGAUGAGAGAAAAUUGCUCAAAUAAUUUAAAUUCUUUUUCCACUUGAAGAAAGUUCUGACGAGGAAGACGAACGAACCAGAUAUCUUAUCUCUCAAUUCUGAGAUUAUUUUAUGUUAUUUUGAGAAUCUCAGGGACAGAUUCCACCUGCCUUUUCAUUAUUAUGUUGAAUUGUUGUUUUAAAUAAAAAUAUUUUUUUUACUAUUCCACAAGUAGAGAUAAGCGUUUCUUCUGUCUGGGCGAUGAAGAAACUAAGCCUGGAAAUAAGGCACCCGUCGCAGACAAUGUCAGGCACAGAUUCAGGCUUUUUCAGGCACUAAACCUCUGGU